AACUUUAAGAGCUGAAGUAUCAUGCAGAAGACACACUCUUCCUUGUUUCAUUUGGAGCCUCUGACAGGAUACAGAGCUGCAAAGGACAGCUUGUUCCUCUUCCUCUGUUCCCUCCACCUGCAUCACCACCUGACUGGGGAAUAGAUGAGCAAUCAGAAGGUGAUUUAUUUAAACUCAAGAGUUUUUGAGUUUUCCUCGGAGUCACAGAAUCCAAUCAGGCCUGAUGAGAUUCACGGUCCCAGAGAGGUUGGACACAAAGUGGCUCUCGGGAUCCUUUGCUUACUUCUGAUGAUGGCCAUCUCAGUGUGGCUGAUAUACAUUUUUCAGUAUAGUCAAGAAAAAUAUGAACUGCAAAAAACUCUAAACAACCUUACUCAAAAUUAUCACAUCCUGCAAAAUGACAACUACUUAAAGGAAGAAUUACUGAGAAAUAAAUCUAGAGAGUGUGAUGAUCUCAAACAUCAGAAGGAACCAGACUCCUUCAACAGAAAACAGAACAGACACUGUGGGAAAACUAAGGUCAUUUUAGAUUGCGUACAGCACACAGGGAAACCUGUUGAAGGACAUUUGUUCUGCUGUGGCAUAAAAUGUUAUUAUGCCAUCAUGGAAAAUAAACAAUGGAAUGCAUGUAAACAUAUCUGCCAGGACUGCAGCCUAUCUCUUUUGAAGAUAGAUGAUGAUAAUGAACUGAAGUUCUUACAGUCCCAGGUUACUGCAAACAGAUACUGGAUUGGAUUUAAAUAUAAUGGAAGCAAAGGGGAAUGGCAAUGGAUUGGAGAUGUCCCAUCUAAACUUAAUUUGACAACAGUGAAAUUAUUAAAGGAAAGUGGAGGCUGUGCACAUCUCAGUUUCAGAGGACUCAGUCAGCUGAGCAAACAUGGCAAUGAACUGGAAAGAGAAGAGAUGUUCUACAGAAAUCUAACAGCACCUCAGAAGCUUUCUCCCUUCCUACUAAACACAACAGUUCAUGUCUGGAGAAUGAAUGCCCUUUGUUCCAAGCCCUGAGGAAUCAUCCCUUGUUUCCUGAAUGACACAUGGAAUCAAAUCCAGAAUACUGAUAAUUAGCACACAUAACUAACUCAUCAUCCCUAGGACAAACCAUUUCAAUAUUCCAUUGCUUUGACAUCACAAUUAAGAACUACGAUGCAGUUUUGGCAUUCUAUUUGUCAAUUUUUUGGUUAAUGUUUGUUGUUUUUUGCAGGUAGAAGAACUUAUGUUUAGAAAGGAUUUAUAUUCUAUGAAACACAAUUUCAGAUUUGAUGAGUAGUUGCUAGGCUAGGUCAAGAAACUCAUGCAACCAUUCAUAGUCCAUAUGUGCUCUCAUUUUCUCUCUCUCUCUCUCUCUCUCUCUCUCUCUCUCUCUCUCUCUCUCUCUUCUGUCUUUCUAUCUGUCUGUCUGUAUGUCUGACCUAUUUGCUGGUAAAUUGAAAACCCAAGGAUACAGUAAUUCAUUGAGGCCAGCUGGAUGUCAUGACUCAGACUUAUAAUCUUAUAAGUACUUGAGUUUGAAUGCAGUCUAGGCUGCAUAGUGUGUUUGAGGCCAUCAUGGGCUACAGAAAGAGACUCUGUCUCAUGAAGCAUAAUAAUAAUGAUGGUCAUAAUAAUAAUAAUACAAACUGUCCAUAAGUAUUUUCUAAGCCAUUUCUAUAAUAGCAUCAUUCUAAAGUGAUAAGACUACAGAAAUUUAGUAUUGAUCUAGUAAUAUGAUGUAUUCAAUAAUCCAUAUUAAUUACUGUUGAUAUUUCUUCACAUUCACUAUCAUCAGUGCUUUCCCUUGUAAUGUCCUUUAGUGCUAAAAUGGUUAUUGACAUGAUGCCUUUAUUUUUUUGACUCUGAUAUUAAAUAUAUCAAAUUUGACUUUGGAGUUGUAUGUAUUUGAAAUGUCCCCACUGUAAGCCAUGAGAAAUAUGAGUUUAAAAAUAUGUACAUCUCUUCAAGAACCAUUGUGGAGGCCAGUUUUAUGUCAACUGGACACAAACCAGAUACAUCUGAGAGGUGGGAACCUCGACUGAGAAUGUGCCUCAAUGAAAUCUGGCUGUAGGCAAGCCUAUAGGGCAUUUGUAAUUAGUGAUUGAUUAGGAAGGCUCAGCCCUUCGUAGGUGGUGGGACCCUUGGGCUGAUGGUCCUGGGUUGUAUAAGAAAAAAGGCUGAGCAAGCCAUGGGAAUCUUCCAGUAAGUGUCACCUCUCCAUGGCUUGUGCAUCAGGUUCUGCCUACUGAUUCCUGCCAGGCUUGAGUUCUUGCCCUGACUUCUUCUGAGGAUGAACAGCAAAGCUGAAGUCUAAG